AUGCUGGCUGCAGGGGUCUUCUUGCUCAUAAGUGUCCUAAGUGUUCACGGAUAUGACCCGAAUCUGGACGACGCCUAUUACGUAGAUUAUGGAUAUGACUACGUCACCGUCAGCCCUAGCACUUCUUUUGAUGUAAGCGACUGGCUGUUUGAUCUCCUGCACGAGACAAAUGUCUGUGAUCCAAACCCUUGCUUCAAUGGUGGCUCGUGCCAAAGUAAAUCCGAAACAGAAUUCACUUGCUUAUGUAUUGAGCCUUACAUUGGCAAGAGGUGUCAAAAAGUGAGAAAUGUUUGCGAGAAUGUCAAAUGUGGCCGAGGUGACUGUGUCGUCAACCUAAAAAAACAUCCAUUUUAUGAGUGCAAGUGCAGACCUCCCUACCAAGGCCCCGACUGCAAGUCAUUGCCAGCGUCACCCUGUGAACCCAAUCCUUGCCAGAAUGGAGGCUCUUGCACGAAAGGGAACCGCCGCUUCCGCUGUACUUGUCCUAAUGGAUAUUCUGGGAAGUUCUGUGAAAACGCGCCCAAUGACUGUUAUGUGGGAAAUGGAGAGACAUACAGGGGUGUUGCCAGUAUGACAGAGGACGGGCAGGAGUGUCUGGACUGGCACUCCUACUUCAUUGUGUCAAACGGGGAGGACCCUUUUACCAUGUACUCAGACUUUAACGGACUGGAAUAUAACAACCACUGCAGGAACCCAGAUGGGGAUGAUAAGCCUUGGUGUUUUACAAAAAGACAAGGAAAACUGCAGUGGGACUACUGCAAAGUCAAGAAGUGCUCUGAAGGUGCCACUUCAGCACCAUCAGUCUCACCGGUGCCUGGAUCCACCUAGUUCUCCCAGUGUGGGUUAUCCCAGCCCUCUCGCACUAGCAGGAUUUUUGGGGGUAGCAAAUCUUUCCCUGGUGCCCACCCCUGGCAGGUGUCCAUGCAGUCCAGACCAAAAAGCUCAUCCUUUGAGUAUUCCCACAUGUGUGGUGGGAUCCUCCUCUCAUCCUGCUGGGUCCUCACUGCUGCCCACUGCAUUGAAGACACUAUGGAAUACCAAGUGGUGUUGGGAGGAGUGAACUUAGACAAACAGGAGGAGAUGGACCAGACCAUCCCAGUAAUACAAACAAUUGUUCAUGAGAACUACAGAGACACGCCUGCUGCUCUUUAUAACGACAUUGCUCUGCUUAAGCUCAAAGUUACGGACAGCCCUUACUGUGCCAAGGAGACCCGCUUUGUGAAGACAGUGUGUCUGCCAGACCAGACCUUCCCAGCUGGAAAAUAGUGUGUGAUCUCUGGAUGGGGAGCCACUGAAACCCAGAGGUACAGCAGUCAGCUGUUGAAUGCUCGAGUUUUCCUGAUCUCUGAUGAGUGAUGCAAAACUCCUCAAAUCUAUGGAAGUGUACUAGACAGCAGCAUGUUCUGUGCAGGGACUUUGCAGGGGGGCGUCGACUCCUGUCAGGGCGACUCAGGUGGACCCUUGGUCUGUGAGCAAAAUGGCACACAUUAUAUCACAGGUGUGGUGAGUUGGGGCGACGGCUGUGGUCAGAAGAACAAGCCUGGUGUCUACGCCAACGUCCGCUCAUUUAUCAGCUGGAUCAAAAGCAAGAUUAACUGA